GUUCCAGCACAUCAGUGUCGAACUGUGUCGAACAAAAGCGUCAUUAGAUCGGUCAUUUUUAUUAAUAUUAUUUAUUCAGUUUCACUCUUGACUCAAAGUUGCGACGUCAUUAAUAUUUCCAGCCAUCAUUUUUAUUAUCUAUAAAAAAAAUUAAAGUAAUUUUUAAUUUCAUAUACUAAAAUGUCAGAACCAAUUAAUGUUGUUGUUACUGGUGCAGCUGGGCAAAUUGCCUACUCAUUAUUGUAUCAAUUGGCAUCAGGAAGUGUCUUUGGACUAAAUCAACCAAUUAAUCUUCGUUUACUUGAUCUUCCAUUUGUCAUGGAAAUCCUUCAAGGUGUUGUCAUGGAGCUUGAAGAUUUGGCUCUUCCAAUUCUUCGUGAGGUAACACCAACAACUGAUCCUGAAAUUGCAUUUAAAGAUGCAUCAGCAGCAUUUUUAGUUGGUGCAAUGCCAAGAAAACAAGGAAUGGAACGUAAAGAUUUAUUAUCAGCAAAUGUUAAAAUAUUUAAAGUACAAGGUGAAGCUUUGGAUAAAUUUGCACGUAAAGAUGUUAAAGUUCUUGUUGUUGGUAAUCCAGCAAAUACAAAUGCACUUAUUUGUUCACAUUAUGCACCAUCAAUACCAAAAGAAAAUUUUACAGCAAUGACUAGACUUGAUCAAAAUCGUGCUCAAGCUGUUUUAGCAUCACGUCUUGGUGUACAAGUUGAUAAAGUUAAAAAUGUCAUUAUAUGGGGUAAUCAUAGCUCAACACAAUAUCCAGAUGCAUCACAUGCAAUGGUUAAUGAACAAUCAGUACCAAUUGCUGUUAAUGAUGAUGCUUGGUUAAAUGGUGUAUUUGUUGAAACAAUACAAAAACGUGGUGCUGCUGUUAUUGCUGCACGUAAAAAUUCAUCAGCAAUGUCAGCUGCUAAUGCUGCUGCUGAUCAUAUGAGGGAUUGGUUUGUUGGAACAAAACCAGGACAAUAUGUUUCCAUGGGUGUUGUUUCUGAUGGAAGUUAUGGAAUACCAAAAGAUAUUGUUUUUUCAUUUCCAGUUACAAUCAAAGACAAACAAUAUACAAUUGUUCAGGGUCUUGAAAUUAAUGAUUUUGCAAAAACAAAAUUGGACAUUACUGUUAAGGAACUUGAAGAAGAACGUGCUGAUGCUCACAGUGUUUUGAUGCCAUGACUGACCGGUCAAAAUAAUGUUAUCGAUACUCGUUGUAGAUUGUAAACACAUUAAUUUGUUCAAAAGAAAAAAAUUAAUAAAUAAAUAUAUCAUGUGUUAUAUUCAACGUCUAGAUUAAAAAUCAAUGUAAAUCUAUAGUUUACUUAUGUUUAAAAUGAUCAAUUUGUUGAAAUAAUUAUAGACGAGGUAUAAAAUAAAAAUUUAAAUUUGAAAAACAAAAAGAAAUUAAUAAAAAGGAUUAAUGAAGGAAAAUUUUUU